AUGCUGUCCUACAAGGCGAGGGAGGGCUCCUGCCACGCCCUGGAGGAUUACCUCCGGAGGCUGCGGGAGGACAGCGCGCUGCUGAAGACGCACUGCUACAGAGCGGCGCUGGAGAACUUCAUCCGAGACGCGAGGCCCGAGCUGCGGAGAGCGGGGAUCCAGACCGUCAAGAAGUCUCACCUGCUGCCCUUCACAGAGUAUGCCCGGCUGGGUCUGCCCCGGGUGGGUCUGCCUGAGGACCUGGCCCUGGACCCUGAGCGGGUGGAGGCCAUGCUGAGGCUCCAGGGCCGGGUGGUGGUGUUCUACAGCCUGGCUCUGCUGCUGGCUCCGGUGGUGGAGAGUCUGGUGCUGCUGGACCGGAUCCUCUUCCUCCAGGAGAACGGUGUGAGCAGUCGGCUGGUUCCACUCUUUGACCCAAACUUCUCUCCAAGAAACUUUGUCCUGGUGGCUCUGAAGCAGCGUCCAUGA